AUGCUGUGGGGCAAUAAAGCAUUAACGCCAAAACUGCUGAGCCUGCGCACCCUAGAGCUCACGCUCUGCAACAAGAAAAGCUGCGGCAGUGAGCAGCUUCUUGGAGAAGGAGAGACAAAUGCCAAAGAGAAUGGAAACUCCUCUCCAAUGAGUGGGCCGUUUGGGGUGUUCUCGACCAUCUCUACUGCUGUUCAGAGCACAGGAAAGAGUGUUAUCAGUGGGGGUUUGGAUGCCUUAGAAUUCAUUGGAAAAAAGACAAUGGAUGUAAUAGCAGAAGGGGAUCCUGGAUUUAAAAGAACCAAGGGUCUGAUGAACCGGACUUCCACACUGUCUCAGGUUUUACGAGAGGCAAAGGAGAAAGAAGAACUAUGGACUUCCAAUGAGGUUACCAUGGAAACAGACAAGAAAACUCAUUAUGGGCUACUCUUUGAUGAAUUUCAAGGCCUUUCACAUCUAGAAGCUCUGGAGAUGCUCUCUCGAGAAAGUGAAAUAAAGGUGAAAUCUAUUCUUAAUUCUCUAAGUGGAGAAGAAUUAGAGACUCUAAAACUUGAAUUGGAGCAACUCAAAGAAGCAUUUUCCCUAGCAGAGUUCUGUGAAGAAGAGGAGGAAGAGAAGAAAGGGGAUGAAGACUUUACCAAAGAGAUAACAGAGCUAUUUUCCCAGCUGCAUGUCUCCUCCAAACCAGAGAAACUUGCCAGGGCAAGAAAUACAGCCUAUGAGUGGAUCAGGACAUCUCUGGCCAAACCGUUGGAAGAGAAGGAAGAAGGAGAAAGACAGUUGGAAGCAGAAAGCACUGAGCAGAUCAAUAACAAUUCAAUAGAGGAUAUCCAUGCAUUUGCAAUCCGGAGCCUAGCAGAACUGACUGCCUGCUCAAUUGAACUUUUUCACAAAACAGCGGCUCUGGUUCUACAUGGCCGGAAACAGGAAGUAACAACCAUAGAAAGGAGCAGAGCCCUUUGCCAGCUAACAGUUUUGUUGUGUAAAGAAUUGUCCUGUCUGUCUAAAGAGUUCACCACCUGCCUAACAACUGCUGGGGUUAAGGAAAAGGCUGACGUCCUUAAUCCAUUAAUCACUGCAGUAUUUCUAGAGGCAUCAAACAGUGCUUCCUACAUUCAGGAUGCCUUUCAGCUACUUUUACCUGUAUUGGAGAUCUCAUUUAUUGAGAACAAGACUGAAUACCAGAGGCAUGAGCUUCAUGUCCAGAGGCCUUUGUCCGAACAUUGAGGAACAGAGAAGAUUAUACCUGAGACUUGUGAUGGUUGAGAAAUGCCACUCACUUCUGGAUAGCCCUGCAGAAGUGAGGGAGAAAGGUUAUUUUAGUAUAUAAAAAUCCUGGCAGGAGAGCAGAUAUGAAGGAAGUUUGUUGUCUUCACUGCUUGACUGAAGUAUUCAGGUCCUCACACUGCUCUUCCCAGUUGUUAUAAUUAAUAAAUUAUUUGAAAAGAAACUUUUAUAGACAGUUCAAAAAUAAUAGCUCUAGGUGAAAGUUAAUGGGAUACUCAGGCAAAGAUAUUGAUCUUUCUUUGACAAUAUGUGAAACUCUAAAAUUUUUGUCAUGGAUGUCGUUUUAUAGUCCAUGGAUAUAAUUGGUUGUUAAGCAAGAGGAAAAGAAAUUAAAAAAAAAAAAAGAGGAAAAGGAAUUCAGUAUUUUGGAAUUCAUGUGCUUGAUCUGUUAAUGCCAUUUUCUUUCUCCUUUCUAUAAUAAAAUCUGUGGCUUUUAAGAAAACUGAGUAUGUAUAAA